UGGUGAUGAUGGUGAUGAUGAUAGAAGACCACCACCCGAUUUAUUUGUCAUCUUAAUAACAAUCCACACCUAAUUUGCUUGUCACACUAGUCCAGUAAAACCCGAAGGCGAAAGUGUCCAGUGCUCGGCGCUGGUCAGUUAUAGGCGCAGUCGAGGUCUGCCCAUAAACUCAAAUAACUCAACGAAACGAAGGAAGGCUUUCGCCGACCUAAAGCAAAUUAAGACAAGUUGUUUCCUGUUCAUAGAAUAGAAUGGCAUACCACUCCCAGAUAACGAGUGUGAACCAGAUGGUGGGAAAUAUGGCGUUACUCCCCCUCCGGACCAAAGUUCGGGGUCCAGCCGCACCGGAAACCGGUGAACAGGACAUUGUGGACGAAGCCAUCUACUUCUUCAAGGCCAACGUCUUCUUUCGUACGUAUGAAAUCAAGAACGAAGUGGACCGUCUCUUGAUAUAUAUAACUUUGUAUAUUAGCGAGUGUCUUAAAAAGCUGGCCAAGUGUACCAAUAAGAAUCAAGGGAUACAGGAAAUGUAUACCUUGGCCAUUAGUAAAUUUGACAUUCCAGGAGACCCUGGUUUCGUACUUAAUUCCGUUUAUGCCAAACCGGCCUCUGCACAAGAUGCAGAACUUUUAAGACAAUACUUAACACAACUACGGCAAGAGACAGGAACUCGAGUUUGCGACAAGGUUUUUAGUGCGGAUGAUGGGAAGCCAUCUAAAUGGUGGCUAUGCUUUUCCAAAAAGAAGUUUAUGGAUAAGUCACUUUCUGCCCCUGGCCAGUAACUUGUUCAUAAAUGGAUCCUUAAUGCGGGACAAAUACACAAGUUGACAUCAAAUUCCAACAUUUAAUUAAAUAAUUCCAUGUAUUUAUAUUACCACAGUCUAACCAACCCCACAAUACUACUAAAUUGAUGUCGUCCUCUUAUAUGCUCACAGUCUUCACGAUUCAUAUUUAAGCGACAAAAAAAGCCUAUUUCUAUAUGAUUUCUAUUGUCUAGUACUACUACCAAAAAUGCAACAACUUUAAUAAAAAAUGCUCUCAUACACAUGACGCCACUCAA